CGUUGAAGCCACGUGGAUACCCCUACUGGUAGUUGCUGGGUCAUAAGUUGUCACAAAUCAGCUCCUAAAUCAAUAAGAUUCUAGCAAAACCACAAACUCAUCAGCUUUGACUUCCUCCUCUCAAACUUUGCCUUUUGUUGUGCUCUCGUAGUAGCUCUUAGAGAUAAAGAACUAAGUGUUGCCAAAAUGGACAGCAACGAAAACCCCACCAAAGAGGUGGAGAUGAACGGCACGUCUCCUCCUGAAGCCCCCACACCAAGUGGCGAUUUCACUCCAGUGGCUCCACGGGGCGGGCGGGCUGCACUCGUCAAGAGAGCCAGCGCCUUUUUCUUCGGCUUCGACCAAGAAGAAGAGGACGAGGAAGUCUAUCAUGACCAUGCCUUAAGCGCUCUGACCUCUUUUACUGCUGGCGAGUCCGGCGAUGAAAACAAGAAGAGUGGUGUCAGCCAACGAAGCAGGGGGCGCUUGGCCGUGCAAAGCAGCACAAUCUCCCCGUUCAAGUCUGUCAUGUCCUUUGGUUUCAACACGAAGGCUUUGAUUUUCUGCUUGAUUUGGUUUGCCGUUGCAUUCCUGGUUCCCGGAAUUGCCAUCACGGAGAGCCAGAUCUGGCAAAAUAUCAAUGACCCUGAUGUCCUCUUUGAAUUUGUGACCACUGUUUGCGUCAUUCCAGCCAUUUGGAUUUUUAUGGUUUGGGCUGCGGCAAGAGUCAUUCGUAGCGGAUUCAAUGAAAACAACGAGGGCGCAAAGAGCUGCUGGGCACGCUACAAACCCAGCCGAACCGCUUUCUUGAUGCUCCUCUGCAUCACUAUUGAGCUCGGUGACGCUAUCUGCAGAGAAAUCGUUUAUGAGGAUCGUCAAGACAUGACCCAAUUCCUCAUAGACCGUGCUUUGGCAUUUUCCAUGUUUGCCUUUUGGACAUCCCUCUUGGACGAUGGUGUGGUCGUCGUUCAGCAAUUUGCUACCAAGGCCGAAACCGCCGUCAAGGCAGCUAAAAAGACACAGAAAUGGAAAGGAUUCAUGAAAGACAUGAGUCAUUUUGGGGACAAAGAACUUGACAGGGCCUACGCCAUUCCUGGAGGAAGUCGAUCUCCUGCUAGAGUUCUCGCGGAUGUCAUUGGUGUCUACGCUACUCUGGGAAAGGCCAUUGGCUUUGUCUUUUUGUUCCUAUACAUGGUUGGAGUUGACCUGUACAGUUCGCUGGUCACCUUAGGUGUCAGUGUUCUCUUUGUCGGACUCAUCCAGAGUCUCCACAUCAACGAUGCUCUUUCCAAUUUGCUACCCAUUGCCAUUGGCAAUGCUUUUCACCUGGGAGAAAUCGUCUCUGUCUCCAGUGCUGGUGGGGCUCCCGGUGACAAUCCCAGCACCUGCUUGACUGGAUUCGUGGAAGGCAUUACAUGGUCACAUGUUGUCAUUCGAGACUUCAAGCGCAAACAAGUAUUCAUUCCCCACAAUGAAAUGACCAAUAUGAGUAUUUACAACUGGAGUCGCCGACCUUCCAAAAUGAUAUCUUGCACGGUGACAUUCAACAUUACGCAUGGAGCAGGUGGACCGGCUCGAGUGUCUGCUUUGAGAACGUUCAUCAAGAAUUGGGUCAAGAAACAUCAGGAUAUUGAGCAGAAACUUUACUCCAAGGUGGCCCUAGAAGUCAAUUCGGAAGGACAGGCAGAGAUUGAAAUCGUAUGCUACCAUAAUGUCACUGCGAGUUCCAAGAAGGUCAAGGCAGAGAUAGGAAUCAUGAUCAUGGAGGCAGCCAAGCGAAUGCAGUUGUGCCUCGUCCACCCUUUGCUGCUUUCCAAAGAGCCCUGGAUGGGUUUCGAUACUGGUAGUGCUACCAAGGAGGAUGCAGAAGUUGAAGCUGAAGCAUUGAUAGAUAGUCUUGAUGAGGACAGCAGCAACAACGCCAAACAAGCCACAGCGGUACCAACCGAAACACUGCUGGCAGAUCUGAUGCCUUCCCAGGGCUUGUCCGAGCUGGCUGGAACGGCCAAAGCUAAAAAAGCGUGAGUGGCAUGGAAGCCACUUGAUGCCAAACUUCAACCAACUCAACUCUUGCCUCCAAGGUCGUAUGAGUUCGAUUGAAAUCCACAUCCACUUACUCCUAUGAGGGGCCUGGAUACGAUCCUUUUGAUUAAAUACUUUGAACAUUGUAGAAACUGAAACUAGUGAUGCCACCGUUUGUCGUUUG